AUGAUCGGAGGCUUAUUCGUUUACAAUCAUAAAGGCGAAGUAUUAAUUUCGAGAGUAUAUAGGGACGAUAUAGGACGAAAUGCGGUGGACGCAUUUCGGGUAAAUGUCAUCCAUGCCAGGCAGCAAGUGCGCUCGCCCGUUACGAACAUUGCGCGUACCUCCUUCUUUCAUAUAAAGCGCGCCAAUAUUUGGUUGGCAGCGGUCACCAAGCAAAAUGUAAAUGCUGCGAUGGUGUUUGAAUUUCUACUGAAAAUCAUUGAUGUGAUGCAAUCAUACUUUGGGAAGAUCACUGAGGAGAACAUCAAGAAUAAUUUUGUUCUCAUUUAUGAGCUGCUAGAUGAGAUUCUAGACUUCGGCUACCCGCAAAACUCUGAUACGGGAGUUCUCAAGACCUUCAUCACACAGCAGGGCAUAAAAUCCGCUUCUAAAGAGGAGCAGGCACAAAUCACAUCACAGGUAACCGGUCAGAUCGGUUGGCGACGAGAGGGGAUAAAGUACAGACGCAACGAACUAUUCCUCGAUGUACUGGAAUACGUCAACCUGCUCAUGUCGCCUCAAGGUGGCAGUUUUGAUGUCCAUAAGAACUUUAACAAGCCUAAAUUGAGUAUAGAAGUUUUGAUUAUGACAGUAACCGGUCAGAUCGGUUGGCGACGAGAGGGGAUAAAGUACAGACGCAACGAACUAUUCCUCGAUGUACUGGAAUACGUCAACCUGCUCAUGUCGCCUCAAGGGCAAGUUCUAUCUGCCCAUGUAGCGGGCAAGGUGGUGAUGAAAUCCUACCUCUCCGGUAUGCCUGAAUGCAAGUUCGGCAUCAACGAUAAGAUCGUGAUGGAGGCUAAGGGCAAAGGAAACGGGGGCAUAUCGGGCAACACGGACAGCGAGGGCGCCCGCUCCGGCAAGCCGGUGGUGGUGAUCGACGACUGCCAGUUCCACCAGUGCGUGAAACUCAGCAAGUUCGAGACGGAGCACUCCAUCUCCUUCAUACCGCCAGACGGGGAGUUCGAGCUCAUGAGGUACCGCACCACCAAGGACAUAUCGCUGCCGUUCCGCGUGAUCCCGCUGGUGCGCGAGGUGGGCCGCACCAAGAUGGAGGUGAAGGUGGUGCUGAAGAGCAACUUCAAGCCCUCCCUCCUCGGGCAGAAGAUCGAGGUCAAGAUACCGACCCCGCUCAACACCAGCGGCGUCCAGCUCAUCUGCCUCAAGGGCAAGGCGAAGUACAAGGCAUCGGAGAACGCCAUCGUGUGGAAGAUCAAGCGAAUGGCUGGCAUGAAGGAGACCCAGCUGUCCGCCGAGAUUGAGCUACUGGAGACAGACACCAAGAAGAAGUGGACCCGGCCGCCAAUCUCUAUGGGCUUCGAGGUGCCUUUCGCACCGUCUGGAUUCAAGGUCCGCUACCUGAAGGUGUUCGAGCCGAAACUGAACUACUCAGACCAUGAUGUCAUCAAAUGGGUGCGCUACAUCGGACGCUCCGGCCUCUACGAGACGCGUUGC